AUGAUAAAAAAAUUUGAAGAUGAAAACUGUUCCAUUACAGACAAAGUGAAGAAUUUGCGAUGGUUAGUAUCCACACGAUUAAAAUUCUGGCAAAAUUGGUUGAUCAUUGUAGACAACGUGGUACAGCUUGGCAAAAUUUCUUCGUUACUUCCCCAAGUUGGUGAUCCCAUGUGGAUAAAUGGACAAAUCAUAGUAACCAUCCAGAACACAGAUGCCGCACCUCAAGAUGAUGAGUUUAACAAACAUAUUUCUAUCAGAAAUGGAAUGAAUGAUAGGGAAUGUUUUCAACUGUUGAAGCAUUACACAAUUGAAAAUGCUGAUGAUCAAUUGUUAAAUGAAGUAUCACACGCAUUAGAUCGUCAACCGCUGGCUUUGGCUGCUGCUUGUUAUUAUGUCAGUCGUGUAAACAAAGCAAACUGCUCAUUUACUUGGAAACAAUAUUUAGAGAAAUUUUAUUCAGAAGAAGAAGAAAACAUGGACGCCACUUUUGUUAAAUUUAACUCGGUUUAUCCUAGAAAUCAUGUUGAUGUUGCUGGGUCUUUAAACAAUCUCGGUAUAGUGUUUUAUGAAACUAGAAAUUACGACAAAGCUAUAGAGGUUUACGAAAAAGCUCUGGAAAUUCAAAAACAAUCGUUAGGUCCAAAUCAUGUUGAUGUAGCUGCGUCUUUAAAUAAUCUUGGUCUGGUCUUUUAUAAAACUGGAAAUUACUACAAAGCUAUUGAGGUUCACGAAAAAGCUCUGGAAAUUCAUCAACAACUGUUAGGUCCAAAUCAUAUUUAUGUUGCUGCGUCUUUGAACAAUCUUGGGAAUGUGUUUGAAAAAACUGGAAAUUACGACAAAGCUAUAGAGUUUCACAAAAAAGCUCUGGAAAUUAAAAAACAAUCGUUAGGUCCAAAUCAUGUUGAUGUUGCUGGGUCUUUAAACAGUCUUGGUAAAGUGUAUAUUGAUACAGGAAACUACCACAAAGCGAUAGGGUUUCAUGAAAAAGCUCUGGAAAUUCAAAAACAAUCGUUAGGUCCAAAUCAUGUUGAUGUUGCUGCGUCUUUAAACAAUCUUGGUUUGGUGUUUAAAAAAACUGGAAACUAGGACAAAGCUAUAGAGCUUCACAAAAAAGCUAAGAAAAUUCGCAAAAAAAACACGUUAGGAACUAGUCAGGUUGAUGUCGUUAAGUCUUUUAAAAAAUCUAGUUGUGUUGUAUCAUGAAACUUGGGAAGAUGACCAAGCUUUACAGUUGAACUUUGGUAGCUACCUGUUUCAAAGAAAAUUGUACCUUCCAAAUUAUGUUAAUCCUAUUUUUAACACAUAGACCGUAGGAGCAAGGCUUCCACCUGUCAAGUUAACUCCCUCUCCCUCAGAAGGUAUUUUUGGUAGUGAAUAAAAGAUUUCCAAUUUGCAUUUUGUGAGGUAAAAUGAACUAAAAGAUGUAAUGGUCCUUGUCUAUAAAUUGUUUCACUGAUAUCUAGUCAAUAAACUUACUCUACA